AUGGAAGCAAGGAAUCGCAAACAACGUCGUGCAGCUGCCUCAUCCUCCAAUAAAGAUGAGCCCGAAAUCACCUACGCCCAACCCCCACGCAACGGUCCAACCAAAAACAAAGCGACCGUCGAGAAAACCCUAUAUGACAUCAUUGCAGAGAGACAAAAUGGUCUCAAUCAAUCGAACCCCUCAUCAACAAUACCGGAAGGAUCCAAAAUCAUACCUGAGUCAGUGGGAACCCGCUUCGUGACAGUCGAUGACGCCGGAAACCUGGUCGACACAGACGGCGACAUCAGCAACCAUCUAUCCGCCCAUGGUCCCCCAAAGAAAGGCCCCAAAUCCGCAGGCGGCACCGCGAAGACCACCAAAGAUGAUGAAUCCGAAAUUAUUAUCGACAAGCCGCUCCCUCCAUUCCUCGACACAAUCCUCCUCUCCCUCCCGCUGACAACACUCCACCUCACGCUCGGCUACAUAGCAGCCCACCAAUACGCUGAAAGCAUAGAUCUACCCAAACUCUUCAAGGAUUCUGUGACAACUGCGUUUCCACUCCUCACUCUGUUCGUUCACCUCGCCCACGGCCAUAUCAUCUCUUUCAAAUCAAAGCCAAGCUCCAAGACACUGGCCGAGCCAUCUCUCUUCCCAUUGACAAGUGACAAACUUACCUUUUCAUUCUUCCGAAAAUUGGUUUUCCCGCCAGCGCUACGGACUUUUGUUUUCCUUCCCGUGGCUGUCGUGCUGGGCGCCCAUCUUAUCGCGAUCACGAAUGGGGAGCCGUAUUAUGCUGUUAUGAAGAAAGCACCUGCUGUUGGCACUAUUUGGAUAUGGUCAAUCCUGGAGUUAUCAUUUGGUGCUGCUGUUAUUGGCGCGUUAGGGCCUUUGGCUUGGGGGCUCUGGUGGAUGGGGUAUGGGAUUUUUUAA